CGGUAGAACAUGAGUGAGUGAGUGAGUGAAUAUUUCAGUCAGAGCUACAGGGGUUUACGGUAAAGAGAGGCGGGGCCAAAGUGUAAGCAGGAAGUAUACGGCACAGCUCAGUGUUUACACAUGUUUGCACUUUCACGUGGAGGAAAAAAAUCCACUUUAAAAAAAUGUCCUGCAAGAAAAAUAAAAGUAAAUCGAAGAAAGUCAGUGAUGGAGAUAGUUCCGGGUUUCUUAAAGAGAGCUCGAGCGACUCCUCCGGUCUGCAAACACCGGGGCACGAGGGACGGAAGUGCAGGAAUCCAAACACUAACUCCUUCACUGUCAUCGAUUUCAUUGACAAAGCUGACGACAAAACGCCCAAAUCCUGCAGAUCAAAACUAGCCCAGCUGAGUCUCAAUUCAAUGAAAUUGGCCGGUGCGAGCAUUGGGAGAGCGGUCCUGCUGACCAGUCCCUCAGGACAACAAGAGGUGUGUGUGGGAUGGCCCGUCGUGACCUUUCCAGCUGGAAAAGUCGGUCUUCAGAAACACGCGCAGACAAACCUGCGAGUAAAGUCGGGGGAGAAGGUGACGCUGCAGUCGAUCACAGGUCCCGUGCUUAAAGCUGAAGAGGUGGUUUUAAAAAACAGGUCAAAAGACGACACACUAGAGACCGAAGAGUUCAAGAACUUCUUCUUGAGGACUUUGGAUGGAAACCUCCUGCUGCCAGGAAACCUCCUCUCCCUGACCUACUUUGGCCGCUCAUGCAGCCUCCAGGUGGAAGCCGUCAGAGGUGAGGACGGUGUCACCCUGCAGAGACCGGUCCCUCCGCCACAGUCAGGUCCUGACGCCGACGACUCGUCUGUGAUCCACUCUGUGCUGGACUCCACGUCAGGUGACCUCUCCCUGCAGCUCAGCCUCCUCACAGUGGAGGACAGUCAUGCUGAGGCUGCACCAGGAACACCUGGAGAGCCCGGUCCUGCAGCCAGUACUCCAGGAGAGCCCGGUCCUGCAGCCAGUACUCCAGGAGAUCCCGGUCCUGCAGCCAGUACUCCAGGAGAGCCCGGUCCUGCAGCCAGUACUCCACGCCGACCGAUCCAGCUCCCUCCCCUCUCCUCUCCCAGUCCCUCCAACUGCGACUCCCAGACUCCUCCUCCUCCAGCAGAGGACGCCGUCUGCCUCGAGGGCUCACUCUUAUCAGAGCAGACGGAGAAAACCCCCACAGCGCCACCUGGUGGUGUUCUGAACACGGACACCUUCUACUGCCUCUCCUGCUCCACUAAAGUCAGUUUCAGGCUCAGAACCAGGCAGGACGAUCCAGAUGCAGAAGCGCAGAGGUCAAAGGUCACGUACGGCAUGAUUGGCGGUCUGAGCAGUCAGCUGGACGUCAUCAGAGAAACCAUCGAGCUUCCUCUCAAACACCCGGAGCUGUUCAGCAGCUACGGGAUCCCGCCUCCUCGGGGGGUUCUCCUGUACGGCCCCCCCGGCACCGGGAAGACCAUGAUCGGACGAGCCAUAGCCAACGAGGUCGGAGCUCACAUGACGGUGAUCAACGGCCCGGAGAUUAUGAGCAAAUUCUACGGAGAAACAGAAGCAAGACUGAGGCAGAUUUUUACUGAAGCGUCGCAGAGACAGCCGGCGAUCAUCUUUAUCGACGAGCUGGACGCUUUGUGUCCGAAGCGAGAGGGCGCUCAGAACGAGGUGGAGAAACGGGUGGUGGCUUCUCUCCUGACUCUGAUGGACGGGAUCGGUUCAGAGGGUCACUCAGGUCAGCUGCUGGUCCUGGGAGCCACAAACCGACCGCACGCUCUGGACCCUGCGCUGCGGCGACCGGGGCGCUUCGACAAAGAGCUGGAGGUGGGAGUUCCUGGUGCAGCGGAGCGCGGCGACAUUUUGCGGAAGCAGCUGAGUUCGGUGCCGUGCGGUGCCAGCGGCGAGGAGUUGAUGCGGCUGGCGGACGCCGCUCAUGGUUAUGUAGGAGCGGACCUCGCUGCUGUUUGCAAAGAAGCAGGUCUGCGUGCACUGAGGCGAGCGCUGGGAACUUCCCACCAACCGUCAGACCGGCAGCUGAUGGGGACAGUGAGUGUCACGCUGCAGGACCUUCAGUGGGCCAUGUCUGCCGUGAAGCCCAGCGCAAUGAGGGAGGUCGCUAUAGACGUCCCUAAGGUGCGCUGGUCAGAUGUGGGCGGGAUGGAGGAGGUGAAGCUGAAGCUGAAGCAGGCCGUGGAUUGGCCGCUGAGACAUCCUGAGGCCUUCACCCGCAUGGGGAUCCAACCGCCCAGAGGAGUCCUGCUCUACGGGCCCCCGGGCUGCUCCAAGACCAUGAUAGCAAAGGCCCUGGCUCAUGAAAGUGGACUCAACUUCCUGGCGAUCAAAGGCCCAGAGUUGCUGAGCAAGUAUGUGGGAGAGUCUGAACGAGCCGUGAGAGAGGUGUUUCGGAAGGCGAGGGCCGUCGCUCCCUCCAUCGUCUUCUUUGACGAGAUCGACGCUCUGGCCGGUGAAAGAGGAAGCUCCUCGGGCUCGGCCGGUGUGGGAGACCGGGUCCUGGCUCAGCUCCUGACAGAGAUGGACGGCAUCGAGCAGCUCCGGGACGUCACAGUGCUGGCCGCCACCAACCGGCCCGACAUGAUCGAUAAGGCUCUGAUGCGUCCAGGACGCCUCGACCGAAUCAUCUACGUUCCUCUUCCAGAUGCUCCGACCCGCAGGGAGAUCUUUUCCCUCCAGUUCAGCAACAUGCCGGUCGCCAAACACGUGUGUGUGGAUGAACUGGUCACAAGGACGGAGAAAUAUUCUGGAGCAGAGAUAACGGCAGUAUGCAGAGAGGCCGCCCUGCUGGCCCUGCAGGAGGACAUCAAAGCCCAGCACGUCCACGCCAGACACUUUGAGAGCGCCCUGAACGCUGUGAAGCCGCGCAUCCCCGACUCUCUCAUCCACUCAUAUAUCAGCUAUCAGCAGCAGCACAGUGGCCUGUGCUUCUUCUGACCCCCAGGCUGCUGCUGCUGCUGCUGCUGCUGCUGCUGAGUACACAUUCAAAGCCUAGUUUUGUUCUAAAAGUGUGCGUUUGAAAUAGCCUCAAACUGCUGGACAAGUCACAGAGUAUUGGUUGAUUUUCUUUUUUUGUUAUUGUUCAAGUUUUGUGUUUUAUAGCUGCUACAAAAUGAAUGUGGUUAAUGGUUUUGUUUUCACUCUCCUGACUGGAAACAGUGUUUUUCUACUAGAUAUGAAUAAAUGCAUCAUUUGUGCUUCUACAAUAAAAGCAUCCACCAUUGUCCAGUGUAACAAUAAAUACUUCCCAUGUUUCCA